AUGGACUCACAUUCUCAAAAUGUUUGUCUAAUAGGAGUUUUACACAUUUUCUAUUGUUUGCUAUUUUCGCUAGAACCUCUAGUAAAAGCGAUACGUUUAGUAAAUACUGAAACCAUCAUUUAUACCAAUCUUUUGCUGUACUUAGGCCUUAUAGGUUUUUAUAGCUUGUUAUCGAUUUUAGUGUUUCUAAUGCUAAGAGGUGUAUUAAAGCAACGUUAUUUAUUAAUGGUUCCCUUUUUAAUAUUUUCUUUUCUGAUCCUGGCCUUCAGAUUAAUUUUGUUUUUAAGCGAGCAAUUACAAGGCCUUUAUUAUUUUAUUGGAGAUUCUUUUUAUAAAAUAGCUGUACAGCUUCUAGUACUUUAUCCGGUUUAUACGUUAUUCUUGAAGUUACGUGUACAAUAUCAGAAAGAAAAAGCUUUGAGCGAGAACACUUUUGAAAAGGAGAUGAAAAUUAUCGAAAUAUUUAGGCAGAUCCAUAGCGAAUGAUAAAUAACGAUGAUAACUCG